GAGAGAGAGAGAGAGAGAGAGAGUGAGAGAGGAAAGGAAACCAAGAUUUCCUCCCUCACUACACUAAGCCGCUUCAGACUCAAGAGUCCCAUAUGCAUUCCACAUCCAAAUCUUCACAUCAUGCGCAUUAUCACUUUUUUUAUUGCAUAACCAUUCUCUCUGCGAAUAAGAUUCCUCCUCCUUGUUAACUGGUUUUGCUUUCGUUUUAGUUUUGGUUUUGGUUUUUCUUAUUGUUUCUGUCAUGAGCAAACCAAAGAAGAAUGGGCCAUUAGGCUUGACUUCAGGAGGGCUCUCAGGCUUUGCUCUUGAUCCAGCACAAUGCAGUCUAUUAAGCAUGGAAGAGAAAAGAGAACUCAUUCGAGAGAUUGCCCAAUGGUCAAAAGAGGCCCCAGAGAUUCUUAGUUCAUUCACCCGCAGGGAGCUUCUUGAAAUUAUCUGUGCAGAGAUGGGUAAAGAGAGAAAAUACUCUGGAUAUACUAAACUUCGAAUGAUAGAACACCUUCUAAAGUUAGUCUCACAAAAAUCUAAGAGGGGCAAUAGUAAUGAUAUUAUUGCCUCGUCUCCUGCCAAACCACAGACUGGAUUCAAAAGGCAAAGGAUGAAAGAAUCCCAACUUCAACUAUCAACUGACUUAGAUCCUGUUCCUCAUGGGAAUAUCAAAGAAGUUAAAAUCCAUAUCUGUCAGAAUGUUGCAUGCAGAGCUAAUUUAUCUGCAAAUGAUGCUUUUUGCAAGAGAUGUUCUUGCUGUAUCUGUCACUCUUAUGAUGAUAACAAGGAUCCCAGUUUAUGGUUAACUUGUGGUUCCGAUUCUCUUGAUGAGAAGUCGUGUGGACUUACAUGCCAUUUGAUAUGUGCUUUGAAGGACGAAAGAACUGGAAUUAUGAAGAUUGGUUGUCAUACAAAGUUGGAUGGCAGUUUCUACUGUGUUUCUUGUGGAAAAAUUAAUGGACUAAUGAGAACCUGGCGGAAACAGUUGCUGAUUGCCCAAGAGGCCAGAAGAGUUGAUGUCUUGUGUCUACGAGUCCUUUUGGGUUAUAAGAUUCUCACAGGGACUGAACAAUACAAAGAAAUGCAGAAGAGCCUUGAAACUGCUUUACAACUGCUGAAAAAUGAGUUGGGACCUCUUGACCUUGUUCAUGCAAAGAUGACUCGGGGAAUUGUCAAUAGGCUCUCAUGUGGUGCCGAGGUGCAGAAGCUGUGUGCCUCUACAGUGGAAGCUUUUGACUUGAUGUUUUCUCAUGUGGCAAAGUUAGAACCAGCAUCUUGUAAGAUUCAAUUUGAAGAAUCCUCCUCAACUUCAGUGGUCAUUGUACUGGAAUAUGUAGAUGAUCUGUCUGAUGACUUCCAAGGUUGCAUGCUAUGGCAUCGCGAGUCUAAAGCGAAGGAUUACCCUCCAAAACCCACUUUCAUUAUAUUGAAGCCGGAGAAAAGACACAAGAUAACUAAUUUAACUCCUUCCACCGAGUAUUUCUGCAAGGCGUCUUUCUUUGGCAGCACAGGGAUUCUGAGCAUUCGGGAAGCUAACUGGAUCACUCCGACACCCAAUGAACAUUCUGUUGCAGCUUUAGGUGAAUACAGAGAAGAAGAAAAACUGAUAAUUACUCAAAUUCAGUCUCAGGUGAAAUCAACCAACUCCAGAAACAUUAAACUAAUCGGGGAGGGCUCAACAGGAUCACAAUCAGUAAACUACAUCAAUGGGAACAAGAAGGAAGUAUUAUGCUCACUGCCUCCGUCCUUGGAAGUUGUUUCCUCAAUGAGCCUCGGAUCACUUUCGCCUAAAACACCUUGUAAAUCAAGUGGAAUGCAAGAAGUUUCAGGUAUGGGGUGUAAAAAGCAAAAGGAGAAGAAUGCUUAUGAAUAUUCAGUGAGAGUAGUGAAAUGGUUAGAAAGCGAAGGGCACAUAGAGGAAGAUUUUCGAGUAAAGUUUCUCACAUGGUUCAGUUUGAAAGCAACAGUGCAAGAGAGAAGAGUGGUGAAUGUCUUUGUGGAUGCUUUGAUUGAUGACCCACCUAGCUUGGCUGAGCAGCUCAUCCAUUCUUUCAUGGACAUGAUUUGCUGUGAGAGGAAAAAAGUUUCUCCCCAUGGAUUCUGCACUAUGCUGUGGCAUUGAAUACUGAAAACAAGUUAGUUUUUGUGGAAAAUUUAGGGUAGUUGUUAAUUGUCUAGGACUUUUGUGUGGGUAGAAAGAACAUAACUAAUCCUUAAAGCAAGCUAGAUGUGCAGCUCCUUAGUUUUGAGUUCUA